CGUAAUAAAUCCCCGACAGACGUCGUUGAUUCCUAUGUUUAUUUUCCGGUACCUCUAAAUAAGAGACGUUGAUGAUCCAUAAUGUAAACUCUGCGGCGUUGUGUUUUAACGUUGACUCGUGUGUGGCGGCAACAGGGCGAUGGAUUUCUGCAGGAAACAGGUGAAAGCGGACUGCGAGGAGCUGCUGAGACGCUUCCAGCAGACACAAUCCGUCCGCUUCGAGAUUUUCGCCAGAAUAUGGAGAAAGAUGGCGUUCUCACAAAUUUUCCAUGGCACUGUGAGUCACGAGAAGCGAAAGUUCAGUCGCCUGAUACUGGAUAUGGCCUCUGUCUUCUUCCUGCCGCCGUUCAGCUUCCAGAUCCGAGUAGGAGGACUUUACCUCCUGUACAGCUUGUAUCAGUGCCAGUCUGCUUCACCCUCAGAGCAGAUCCGUCUGGCACUGAAGGACUGGGCGGAUGUGAAGAUGUUUGAGAAGGACGCUACAGAGGCUCAGCACUUUGAUGUGGUCUACAUCCUCAAACAGCUGAUGUUCUGCAAAGCUUUCCAUUUCACUGCCAUGCCCUCUUUGCUUGCCUACAAUAGGAAGAAAAACGUCGAGAGGUCUCCAAUGGAUGAGAAGUUCAUGGAGCGAGUGUCUCGUCCACAGGAGCUCAUUAACAUAGAGCUGCUGGAUGAAAUGUCCAACAUUCAUCAGCACUACGACAAGCUGAAGGCAUCCACCCUCUCUCUGACAUCAGCACAGUCGGAUCCCUCCAUCAACCUGAUCCGUAAAAACCUCGUCCCUCAGCUGCGCAAAACUGUUAUCGACUUCUACAAGUGGCAGAAAAAGAAGGACAGUCCGCAUAAAGAAGACAACAGUGAGGGAGCGUCAUCCCAGCAGGAGAGUUCCAGAAGAGCAGAGCUCCUUGCUUCCAUCAAAUCGAAGGCAUAUGAACAAGCAGCAGAGGCCUCUAAGUCAAGGCGUCAUCGUCAAGUGGAAGUGGAUUUCACCAGUAGUGAGGCCGGACCCGCCCCAAUGUUAGGUCGCCCCAGAACAACCAAACUAUCACUCAAGGCCAGAACCAUGGAGAACGUCCAUAUUUCAGAUGGCUUGCGGACAGAAGCCACAGCGACCACUAAGAUCAGUCGGCUCGCACAGCUGGAAUCUGCUCGCGAUGAAACACCCAAGCAAUGCAAAAGGUUCAAGUGGUUCUGAAGAAACUGCACAAGACUGGAUCUGCUGUUCAGAGUGUUCACUGAAGUGUGAUAUAUGUUUUGUUAUUGUAAUAAAGGAUGUCAGCGUCCUUCAUGUUUUAAAAGUUUUUAAAUUAGUUUUAGUUUUUACUUUUUCAGAAAACAUGAAACAUGUUAAAUCAAAGUUACAAAAUUACCGUAAGUUAACAAACAUUUUCCAUAAUAAAGCUUAUCUCAAUGUA